AUGCCAUUCAAAUCACCCUUCCCAAACCUUGAUAUCCCCAAGGUCAAUUUGCUUCAUUAUCUAUUCCCCGAUGAUGCUGCGGCUUCAGAUACACCGAUAUGGAUCGAUUCGAAAGACACAAGUCAUCACCUAACCCCAAAAGCGCUGCUUCAAUGGGUGAAGCGGUUAGCGAUUGGAUUGGACCGAAUUGGCAGCAAGACUGGCGAAGUUGUCAUGAUUUACACCCCAAAUCACAUCUUUGUGCCGGUCGCGUACCUGGGCAUUGUUGGGUCGAAGAGGAUCUUCAGCGGUGCAAACCCCGCGUACACCCUUUCUGAAAUGGUUCAUCAAAUCCAAAAUACCCAAGCACAAUACAUCCUCGCACAUCCAACCUUCGCCAAGACCGCGAUCGCCGCAGCCCGGAAAGCAGGUCUACCUGACGGACGCGUGUCCCUAUUCUCCGACGUCCCCAACCCUUCAGUCGAAGGCCUCAAAGACUGGCGAGGCUUCAUUGGCUCCCCAGACGAAGCCGCGCAAUACGAUUUCCCACGCAUGACCCCCGAAGAAUCCGUCAAAACGACAGCGACCGUCAACUACUCCAGCGGCACCACCGGCCUGCCCAAAGGCGUCGAAGUCAGCCAUCACAAUCUCAUCGCGAACCUGGAUCAAACAAUCUACAUGCGGUAUCUCAAGAAGCCCUACAAAGCCCACAACCGCCCGCCAGAGCGAUGGGUCGGCUUCCUCCCCCUUUAUCACGCGUACGGGCAAUUGUACACGAUCGCCAUGGCGCAGAAGCUCCAGAUCCCGGUGUACAUCAUGAAGGCGUUCCAGUACGAGGAGUUCUUGCGGAUUAUCCAAGAUCACAAAGUCACGCAUCUUCAAACCGCGCCGCCGAUCUUGAUCAUGCUGAGCAAGCGGCCCGAGACCAGCAAAUACGAUUUGAGCAGUGUGACCGAUAUUCUGUGCGGUGCUGCGCCGCUGUCGAAAGAAUUGCAGAACUCGGUGUCGAGUCAGUUGAAUUGCGAGAUUGUGCAGGGCUGGGGGAUGACGGAGGUCACGUGUGGAGCGCUGCAUGUUCCUGGGGGUACGAUUGACGACUCCGGAUCCGUUGGGUUCCUCGACCCUAAUACCGAGUGUAUGCUUGUCGACGACGAGGGAAAAGAGGUUCCGGAUGGUCAAUCUGGUGAAAUGUACGUUCGCGGGCCGCAAGUAUGCUUAAGCUACUGGCGGAACCCGCAUGCAACGAAGGAGUCGCUGGAUUCAGAGGGUUGGUUGAAGACGGGCGACGUUGCGGUCGUAAAGGAUGACUGGUUCUGGAUUGUAGAUCGGAAAAAGGAACUAAUCAAAGUUAACGCACUGCAAGUGGCUCCAGCGGAGCUAGAAGCAGUCCUCCUUGAACACGACUCGAUCGCUGAUGCUGCGGUGGUUGGCAUCAUCCUUGAUGAUGACGAAUGGCCUCGUGCCUAUGUUCACGUUAAAGACGAGGCGAAAGGCAAACUCACAGAAGCGGAAAUCCACGCCUUCAUGAAGGAGAAAGUGGCCAAGCACAAGCAGCUAGUAGGCGGCAUCUCGUUCGUCGACGAAGUACCUAAACUCGCGAGCGGCAAGAUUAUGCGGAAGGUCAUAAAGGAGUGGUCGAAACGGGAUGCAGCGGUGAUGAACGGGAAGCUGAAGGCGAAGCUAUGAGGUGGCAAUGUAUUUCCUUCACAAGACAUGAGUCCCUCCUAUAGAGUAGGGCUGUGUCUUGCAGCAUUUCUAGGAGUAUAAAUGGAUUACUAUUGUUCUGGUUCCGAUUACGAUUUCACCGAUGAAUGGCAACCAGAUCAUGGGAUCACGCGCGUGGCCGAAUCUCCACGGUAUUUAAAUAGCACGCGGG